AUGGGAGGGAUGGUGGAGCGGGUUGCGCAACAUGAUGUUGCUGGUGAUGAGCAGGUUCCUGUGGUGGUGGAGCACGAUCCGAACAGUUUUGCUCGUCGGAUGCAUCAAGGCAAUCAGGACGGCCACCCAAUUCAAGUCAUCAACACCGCCAAAUGCGCCGCUCAACAAACAUCUGGCACCUCCAUCUUCAACCCAUCCGAAGCGAACAUUGCUCUCACAAUAACCUCACGAGUGCUGACAAAGAAGGAAAAGCCGUCAAUCGGGAUCCUCACCUACUACAAAGCCCAGGCCGGACAUGUAGCGAGAGGACUUAGCGACACCCCAAUCUUCAUCGGAACGAUCGACGAGUCGCAGGGACAGGAGUUCGACCUCGUCAUCAUCCUCACGUCUCGCUCCAAGUCUUUCGGCUCGCACGUCACAACAAGCGAGAGGAAUGAGACCCCGAUCGGAGUCGUCUGGCCUGACCCCGACUACAUCGAGAGUCCGGAACGACUCAACGUCGCCAUCACCCGAACCAGGUCGCUUUGCCUCGUCUUGGUCAACACCCACGCCGCUGGACGAUCGGAACUCUGGUCCAAUUUCUUCUGCAAGAUCCCGCCCGGAGCCUUCCACAACGAUCCGAGCCACAUCAUGCGACAUCUGCAGAAACUCCGCUAG